CCCUUUCCAACAGCAAGCCUCCUCAAAAUCACACACACAACACACAAUGGCCUCCACUGAAGCUGCAGAAAACGGCUCUGCAAAAUCCACCGAAGUCGCAACCGAAGCAACCGUAAAUUCACAAUCCGAACCGGCGCCGGAACCCGAGGCCACCAACAAGGCGGAGCAGGAGGAAAAAGGGGAAGCAGAGAAUGAAGCAGCGGCAGAAGGCACUGCUGAGGAGGCGGCGCAGGAGGAGGAAGAGGUAGAGGAGGAGACCGAGGCGAAAGAGAGUGACAACAAUGUGAAUAAAUGGCCGGGAUGGCCAGGGGAUUGUGUUUUCCGGCUAGUGGUGCCGGUGCUAAAGGUUGGGAGUAUAAUUGGGCGAAAAGGCGAGCUUAUUAAGAAGAUGUGUGAGGAGACGCGAGCUAGAAUUCGCGUGCUUGACGGCCCUAUCUCCUCUCCUGAGCGAAUUGUUCUAAUAUCUGGAAAGGAAGAACCAGAUGCACCACUUUCUCCCGCAAUGGAUGCUGUAAUAAGAGUGUUUAAACGCAUUAGUGGACUACCUGAGGCUGAAGGUGAUGGUAAGGCUCCUGGAGCUGCAUUUUGUUCUAUCCGGUUGCUGGUGGCAUCGACACAAGCGAUCAACUUGAUAGGAAAACAAGGCUCUUUGAUCAAAUCAAUUCAGGAGGGCACUGGUGCCUCGGUUCGGGUUCUCUCAAAUGAUGAAACGCCUGUCUAUGUCAGCUCAGAUGAGCGGAUUGUGGACCUGCAAGGGGAAACUCUUAAGGUUCUGAAAGCUUUAGAAGCUGUAGUGGCUCAUCUUAGAAAGUUCUUGGUUGAUCACAGUGUUCUUCCCUUAUUCGAGAAGAGUUACAAUGCACCAGUUACCCAAGAACGUCCAGUGGAGUCUUGGUCUGAGAAGCCAUUGCUGCAUGGUUCUUCACAGAGUGGAAUAGGUGUUGAUUAUACUCUUCCACCAAAUAGGGAUUCCCUAUAUUUCGACCGGGAAAGCCAUUUGGAACCACAAGUUCCUUCUUCACUUUCACUCUAUGGGCAAGAUCCUGCACUUUCAGGAGUUCGUCCUUCUGGUGUUGGUCGGGCCACUCGACAGUUUGUUACUACGGUUGCACAAACUAUGCGAAUACCACUUGAUUAUGCUGAAGAUAUAAUUGGAAUUCAAGGAACCAAUAUUGCUUAUAUUAGACGUACAAGUGGUGCAAUCCUUACCGUUCAAGAAAGUAGAGGCCUGCCAGAUGAAAUCACGGUGGAAAUUAAGGGUGAUGCUACACAAGUUCAGACAGCUCAACAGCUAAUUCAGGAAUUUAUAAGCGGGCAUGGGCAUAAAGAAACAGUUACAAGCAGUUAUGGCAAGUUGGAUUCAGGUUUGAGGCCUUCCUACUCUCAAAUGGGCAGUGGCUCGUACCAGUCAUCUUCAUACUCAGGACAACCCUAUGGUAGCUAUGGCUCGUCUGGUUUGGGAGGAGGAUAUAGCAGCUACAGGUUAUAAAUUGAUUGUCAAAAUUUAGAAGCAUUAAAAUUUUUCUCUCCGUUCAAACCUCUAGAUCUUCUGAGCAGUACUGUAUAAAGCUUCAUCUGGAGAUUGAUUAUCCUCUGUCGAGCUGACGUUGUGUUAACAGAUAAUAGAUGAAAAACAUGCAAAAAAAGACAAUGCAGUAGAUAAUCUAAUAGUUUGCUGUUAUUUUGCUUUUGUAUGAAUGUUCACUUUUGAAUCCUUUUAGUGGCUAGAUUUUGUGACAUUUUCCAUUAAGCUGUUCGAUUUUUAGUGGUCGCUACUGUGAUUCUCAAGUUUAAGAAAUGGAUGCAUCUUUCUGAUC